GCAAUUUGAUAAUGGUAAUAUGACAAUCAUUUUUUUUUUUACUUUUUUAUAUUAUUAAUUUGGGUUCCCAUGACCUUAUAUUAAUUUAAAAAUAAACGAAUAAUUAAUGAAAUAUGACUAUAAUAUUUAAAAAAGAAAAAAGUAGGCUAAUUCGUCACACCACAGGAUAAUAUUUAAGUGAACUGCAAAAAAAAAAAAAAAAACCUACGUUUCUGGCCUAUUUCUCUUAUACAGAAAUUAGAAAUGUAGGGGUUUAUUUUAUUUUAUAUUAAGUAUAGUCACUGCUUUAAAUGUCACGUUAACUACUAGUUUUGCUGUGACAUUUAGCCUAUAGUUUUUCUAAAAGAACGAUGACUUCUCAAUCAUUUCAACAUCUCUCAUUAAACAAACGCAGCCCUGUUCUGUACAAGCAAGCUGUGAUCCUCUCUGUGACUGGGAAGACUGUAUUUUUAUAGUAUCGUGGAGGAGGUGGAGUGUUAGGAGGAGCUUGUCAGUCUGUCACCGAUCAAGAGCCCGUUUUUAAGAGCACAACGAGGAGUGAAUGUGAAGCGCAGUGUUUCUAUGCGUGGAGCCGCAUGACAUCGGAAGUUUUCACAGAUGGACACUUUCUACCCGUCCUGCUGCCUAAUGAAAGUUUAUUCUCGUGGAUGUGAACGGGAACGGAGAGUGAAACUCUUUUGAAAGAGCGUGUUGUAAAGAGCUUUAAAGUUUCAAAUACUGUACCGGUGCACGAGAUGUCGGUUUUGACAUCCUGUAUUGAUUGUUCCGAUUAAUCGCGCGGACUGACGGUCUUUCCAAAUACUUCCUGAAACUUUAGACGUUUUGGAUAUAUUUAAAACUGAAUCACAAAGGAUUUGUUUUAAAACAGUAUCAAAUGAGGCAUGACAAUGAAGAUAUCCAAAAUUAAUAUCUUUUUUUCUUCAGAACAAAUGACACAUUCAUUGUCAAUUACUGUAUGGCGGACCAUGAAUUGACUUUUUCCUCGUCAAAAUAUAACAAAUGUUACUAAUUUCUGUUACAAGCAAAACAAGACAAAUAUCAUCUGCAUGGCAUUGGAUGUACUAAUCAUUUUAAGACUUUCUUGAGGUUAUCACAAUGGCCCAUUGCAUGAAGACUGUUAUUGUACUCUUUCAGUUCUUGAUUACUGGAUCUUCACUGGAUAUCGGAGCUUAUGAUUUGGAGCGUGGCCGCCCGGCAAAAUGUGAACCCAUCACAAUUCCCAUGUGCCAGGGAAUUGGCUACAACAUGACACGGAUGCCCAACUUCAUGAAUUAUGAAAGCCAAGAGGAGGCUAAUAUUAAACUUAAUGAAUUUGCUCCUUUGGUGGAGUAUGGAUGUGAUGUCCACCUGCGAUUUUUCCUGUGCUCUCUGUACGUGCCGAUGUGCGCUGAACAAGUGUCCACCACCAUCCCGGCAUGCCGUCCAAUGUGUGAACAGGCAAGACAGAGGUGUUCACCUAUAAUGGAACAAUUCAGUUUCGGCUGGCCGGACUCAUUGGAUUGUUCAAAGCUCCCGACCAACAACGACCCAAAUGCAUUGUGCAUUGAAGCUCCCGAAAAUGAUACUCAACCUGAGACUAAAAAAGGUGAGGGAAUGCUGCCGGUACCUCCAAGGUCCAGGCAACCUGCAGCUGGGAGUGGACGUAGCUCAGUUGACUCGCGGACCUGUGAUAACCCGGAGAAGUUCCAGUACGUGGACAAGAGCGAGUCCUGCGCGCCUCGUUGCACUCCUACGGUGGAUGUCUACUGGUCGAGGCAAGAUAAGGACUUUGCGUUCAUUUGGAUGGUUGUGUGGUCAACGCUUUGCUUUGUUUCUACAGCAUUCACAGUUCUAACCUUCCUCCUCGACCCCCAACGCUUUCAGUAUCCUGAGCGGCCCAUCAUCUUCCUCUCCAUGUGCUACAACAUCUACUCUGUGGCCUUCAUUAUCCGCUCAGUGGCCGGGGCUGAGAAUAUCGCCUGUGAUCGGGAAAACGGAGAGCUCUAUAUUAUCCGGGAGGGUUUGGAGAGCACUGGCUGCACCAUAGUCUUCCUCAUCCUCUAUUACUUUGGCAUGGCCAGCUCCAUCUGGUGGGUCAUCCUCACCCUCACCUGGUUUCUCGCAGCGGGAAGAAAAUGGGGCCACGAGGCUAUUGAGGCGCACAGUAGCUACUUCCAUAUGGCCGCCUGGGGUAUUCCUGCGGUAAAGACCAUAGUCAUCCUCACUAUGAGGAAGGUAGCUGGGGAUGAGUUGACAGGAUUGUGUUAUGUAGGAAGCAUGGACAGUAAUGCUCUCACUGGCUUUGUGUUGAUCCCUCUUUCCUGUUACCUCAUUGUUGGGACUUCUUUCAUCCUUACAGGGUUUGUAGCCCUCUUCCACAUCCGCAAAAUCAUGAAAACCGGCGGCACUAACACAGAAAAACUGGAAAAGCUCAUGGUUAAGAUUGGAGUCUUUUCCAUUCUCUACACUGUGCCUGCUACUAUUGUCAUCAUAUGCUAUUUCUAUGAAAGACUCAAUAUGGAUUACUGGAAGUUCAAAGCUCUGGAAAACAAGUGUGUGUCCUUUCCUGGUCGCAGGAGCGAGGAUUGCUCUUUGGACUCGUCGGUUCCUACAGUAGCUGUGUUUAUGCUGAAAAUUUUCAUGUCAUUAGUGGUGGGCAUCACCAGUGGGGUUUGGGUAUGGAGCUCAAAGACACUUCAGACCUGGCAGGGGUUGUGCAACAGGAGGUUGGCCGUGCGGACAGGCCGCAAGCCCUGCUCCAGUGUCAGCUGCAGCAGCUCCCACUGCCAUUAUAAAGCACCGGCUGUGACACUUCACAUGAACAAACCAGACGUGUACACAGACAGUCUCACACAUGUUUGAGACUAAAGGCCUCUGCUUUGGUGCCUUGCAGACUCAAAAAGCUUGUAUCGUGAUGAGAUGCUCAGGUUGGACUACAACUGAUCAUGGUAAAUGUCACAACUCCUGUCAAAAGUGGCAUUUACAAGCCUUUCCUUGAAAUAGCA